GUGAUAUAAUUUUUGCUCCGAAUGAGUACCUAUAUAUUAAACUUGUUAAAGAGAGGGGUGGGCCCCCCUUGCCUCCAGCUACAUCUUGGUAGUUCACCAACACUUGCUUCAGGCUUUGAACUGCUGAUGAGACAUUGGGCAUCGAAAACCGGUUCACAGUUUUGCUUGUACUGAGCCAACUCUUUUAAAAGUAUGCGCUCUCGGGAAGGACCAUGGGGAGGGGGGUGCGACGAUGGAGCUGUCUAAAGAAACACUUUUUUAAUAUAUAUAAAAAUUAGCUGUCCACGUGGAGAGAGAAAGACACGAAAUGCGAAGGAGACGAGCGUCUCCUUAAAGUCUCCAUUUACAAAUCGCGUUUCUCGCGGGCCGUGGGUCCCCUUCUCGGCCGCCGUCGCGCACUGUGCUCGGCUCCAGUCGGCGCAACAAUGAGUGAGCACGGGGACGAGGUCCACGAGCGAGGGGAGGCGAAGAGCGACGAAAGGAACGAGAGCGACGAAAGGAACGAGAACGACAGGGGAAACGACGGAGACGACGACGAAGACGGCGAGCAGAGCUCCGAGCCCAGGACCGCCGACGAUAGCGGCGCCAGCACUGACUUGGGAGUGUCUGGUGGACCUGGAAAGACUCCGAUCAGUUUGCUGCAAGAGUACGGAACCAGGAUCGGAAAAACCCCUGUGUAUGAUUUACUGAAGGCUGAGGGUCAGGCACAUCAGCCAAACUUUACCUUCAGGGUUUCCGUUGGUGACGUGAGCUGCAUUGGACAGGGACCAAGCAAGAAGGCAGCCAAGCAUAAAGCAGCUGAAGCUGCCCUGAACAUCCUGAAAUGUGAAUCAAUGCAGGGAGACGCUGCUUCAUGUGACAACGGUAACAGUCUGGUUCACGUUGAAAAUGGAAGUUCUUUGCCAUCUCAGCCAAACUCAGACAACAACCCUGUUGGUGCAUUACAGGAGCUGGUGGUGCUGAAAGGUUGGCGUCUCCCGGAGUACACGGUAACUCACGAAUCUGGCCCCGCACACAGGAAGGAAUUUACAAUGACCUGCCGGGUGGAAAGCUUCAUAGAAACAGGCAGUGGAACUUCAAAGAAGUUGGCCAAAAGGAAUGCUGCAGCGCAGAUGCUGACACGGAUCCGGGACCUGGUCCCGGAAAGGCGGGAGGCUGCGGAAGCUGAAUGUGACGAUGGAGACCAUGCUCCACUGGCGUGUGGCUCACGGGGCAAGGUCACUCAGGGCUGCACCUGGGACUCGCUGAGAAACUCUGCUGGGGAGAAAAUCGGUUACCUGAAGAAGGUUCCAUUAGACGCGCUGGGUGAAGGCUACUGCAAGCUGCUUCAGGAGCUUGCCCAUGAGCAGCGAUUCCACAUCACGUACUUUGAUCUGGACAUGAGCCGGAGUGGAAGGUGUCAGUGCUUGGUGGAGCUCUCCACUCAACCAGUGGCUGUGUGUCAUGGCUCUGGAAAUCUUCUUGGUGAUGCCCAUGCUAAAGCAGCUUAUAGCGCCCUGCAGUAUCUCAAGCUCAUGGCUGGUCGCAAGCAGUAGUGAAACGAGUGGUGGCAACAUAGUAAUGUCGUCGGUAAAAAUCAUAGUAGCAUACAAAGUCAUGGUCUCAAGAGUUGUAGAUAGAGCAGACAGAGGCUGACAAGUUACCUUACAGUAACUUGAUGGCAUCGAUUACAUGCACCCAUGGUGACUACCUCGAGCACGUGCAUAUCGUUUUUGAAACCAAGUGAAAAUGUUCAUAAAGCAUUGCUGUUCAUAACAAUUGACACUAAAUUAUGUUCCUCAUUUUCUGCCAAUGAGUUAUUUUUUUAAUAUAGUAUUAGAUUUUAUAUUAGUUCUUAUGUUGGUGUUUAACACCAGGAAUGCUGCUAAACGUGAAUGCUCAAGUGAAAUUAUAUCUCAAAUGGCACGAAUAGAAAAUGUUCAAUAAACUUUUACUUUCAUUCCUUUGA